GUUCCAAAGCCUAUAGAAUACGGCAUCACAUAUACCAAUGUGAUCUUGACAACAAAAGAUGAUAUCAAGAUUCGUGCUUAUGUUUGCAAAAGACCAAAUGAGGAAGAGGCAAGCAAGAGACCAACCAUUUUGAUGUUUCAUGGAAACGCCGGGAAUAUGGGACACAGAUUGCCAAUAGCCGAAAGGUUUUAUAAAGAUUUCGAAUGUAAUGUGGUAUUGCUUUCCUACAGGGGAUAUGGUCGUAGCGAAGGGACCCCAUCCGAGAAGGGCAUUCGCAUUGAUGCACAGGCUGUUCUCGAUUACAUCAAGCAAGACUAUUUUCUAAAAGACACCAAACUUAUAAUAUACGGACAAUCCUUUGGAGGUGCAGUAGCGAUUGAUCUGGUCUCCAGAAACGAAUCUAAAGUUUCUGGUUUAAUCAUAGAAAAUACAUUUCUUAGCAUACCAAGAAUAAUCCCUCAUGUGGCGCCAAAACUUCGAUACUUCUCGUUCAUCUGUUCCGAAAUUUGGCCAUCUGACAAGAACAUCACGAAGAUCAAUCACAUUCCAAUAUUAUUCAUUUCCGGAACGAAAGACGAGAUCAUUCCAUUACAGCACAUGAGGACAUUAUAUGAAUUGGCAACUACCACCGGAAGAAAGGAAUGGAAAGAGAUUAUAGGUGGCACUCAUUACGAUACUGUCACAAAACCUGGGUAUUUUGAGCUUAUUAGAGAGUUCCUGAAGAGUGAAGAUUUGGGACUCGAGUGA